GCUGAUUUGUUGUUUAUAAUUUGAAUAAAUAUUUUUCCUUUGCCUUUUAUUAUUUAUAAUGGAAAAUGACUUGGAAGAGGUAGAAAUAAAGAUAGAAUACAAUGAGUCGUUUGAGACUGAUCCUUUAAGUGAAGAUUCUAGAAGAAAAGAGGUUAUAACCUCUGAUUUGGACGACAGUUGUUUACCGGAUGCAUUUAAUAGUCCGGAGGUGUAUAAUCCAGUUAUAGAUAAUGUCCACUGUGACACCCUUCACAAUGAUUACCUUAAAGAUAUUAUUGCAGGAGAAAAUACGGAUGGAAUGCAUCAAGAACACGAAACAACAUGGUACAAAUGCGUUGACUCAUCGGGAAGAUUUCUAUGCCGUUUCUGUGAUCUGUCAUACUCAACAGUGCAGACUGUACGGCACCACAUCAAAACUAAACACCCUAAAAAUGCCACAUAUUUAAAAAACAUUAUAAUAAACAAUAAAAGAAAUAAGAAACUAAAAUGCCACAUUUGUAACACUAGAUUUAAAGUAAUCAACGAAUUACAAAUGCAUGUUACACAGAAACAUAACUUAGAAAGUAUACAGACUUCUUGUAACCAUUGUGACGCAACCUUUAAUAAUGGAAAGGAAAUGUUAGAUCAUCUGUAUUUAAAACAUCAAAAACUAAAAAAUAAAUUCUUUUCGUGCACAAUUUGUGGGUACCGAACUUCAAAAAAAUCACAUUUCCAUCAACAUGAAAAUACACAUGUAAAAAUAAAAAGUUAUAAGUGCCAGUAUUGCGAUUAUGAAACCAACUACUUACCUAACUUAACCAUACACACAAGAAUUCAUACAAAUGAUAAACCAUAUUUUUGUGAUUAUGACGGUUGCAAUUACCGUUGUGCAGCCAAAUCGGCCUUGAGAAGUCACAGAUUGAAACAUUUUCAAGAAGAAAAUAUGCUUUAUUGUGAUAAAUGUAGUUAUAAAACUGUUUAUAAACAAUCUUUAAAGAAGCACAUUGACAGCCAUUUGAGGAAUUCUAUGACUACAAAGCUGAUGCUUGAUGGUAACUGACAUCAAAAAGUUGACCGCAAACUUUUGACAAAAAUUGUUUGGAUUUUUUGUUUCUUUGUGAUGAGAAACUUAUCACUAUAAUGAUGUUAUGAUAAGAUAUAAAUAUGAUAAACUAGAUGAUAAUGAAGAUAAUUAUGUAGCACAGGUACAAUAAGAACUUUCUUGACAUAGGAGAAAUAUUUUGCUAUAAGUAAUCAUUAUUGUUAUAACCGUAAAUGAAAUUAAGAUGACUUGUGAUUAUGAUGAUGAUGAGACUGAUGAAUAUUUAAAUUAAAAAACUUAAGCCUA